AUAGAAACGUGGAUCUAACAUGCAGCGAAAUCCACAACGGCACAAACGGGGGAACAAUUCACAACCCAAUGUACCCGGACAAGGAUUCUGGUGACAAGUUCUGCAAUUAUCAGAUUACUGUUCCUUCCAACGAUCAAGCUGCUGUGAGCUUCCCUUUGAUUGAACAUUUUUCUAAUAACAUGGCGAUCUUUGUAUUCGGCGGCCCCGAUUGUAUGUCCAGAUGGAUCGGAUACCAACGGCACCCGGAGAAUAAGCCACACAUUUCUCCUGGAAACAGUAUCACAGCAUUGUUGACUGUUCAACACAGCGAUGAGCCUUGGCGAUUCGCAGGAAAUUAUUCCACGGGUAAGUUGUACCUAAUCCACAUUGUAUAUUCUGGUAAUAGGCAGUAA